AUGGCGCUCAUGUAUGGGAAGGAGAAAAAUGAAGAUCAUGAUUUCGACCAAGCCGAUAUCAGCUUCAUCUCGUUCUUCAGCAAGCUCCCUCCAAAGCGCGCAGACACAAUACGCUUGUUCGACAGGCGAGACUUCUUUUCUGCUCAUGGCGAAGAUGCAACAUAUAUUGCUAUGCAAGUCUUUCGCACUCAAUCGGUACUCAAAUAUCUCGGUUCCGGAGGCAAAGCUAGCGGAUUGCCUAGUGUUACGCUCAGUAACAACGUAGCUACUGCAUUCCUACGUGAUGCACUCACGUCACUGCAACUUCGAAUUGAGAUCUGGGUGUCGGAAGGAGGAAAGAAAGGUGCAAAGUUUAGACUUGAAAAAGAGGCUUCCCCUGGGAACCUUCAAGCUGUGGAGGACCUUCUGUUUGUCAAUACAGACAUGCUCUCAGCGCCUAUAGUCAUGGCAGUGAAAAUUGGCACAUCGACACUUGGUGCAGCCGGGUCAUCGGGCAUAAAGACAAAAGCAGUCGGGGUAGCCUUCGCCGAUACGUCCGUACGUGAAAUCGGGAUCUCAGAAUUUGUUGACAGCGACCUCUUCUCAAAUAUCGAGUCCCUUGUAAUACAACUGUCCGUGAAAGAAGCUGUAAUCCCGAUGUCUUCGAAAACAGGAAAUACGGAUCGUGAUUUAGAGUUGAACAAGCUGAAGGGCGUCUUUGAACGUUGUGGAGUCGUUAUAACGGAACGCAAGCCGAGUGACUUCGCUGCGAAGAAUAUCGAACAAGACCUUGCUCUUCUAGUCAAAACGAACACGGGCGUGGACAUCACUGCCAGUAUACCCGAGCUUUCCUCUUCCACGUCUGCUGCCGCUUCUGCUACCAGUGCUCUGAUUUCAUACCUCUCUCUACUCGGAGACGCAUCCAAUCACAAUGCAUACGUUCUCAAAACGCAUGAUUUAUCCCAAUUUAUGAAGCUGGAUGCGAGUGCUCUUCGCGCCCUUGGACUGGCAGGAGACAGUACAACGUCUGCAAAGAAUACUACUCUUCAUGGACUUCUGAAUAAAUGCAAAACAGGUCAAGGGACUCGUCUCUUGGGAAGCUGGCUGAAGCAACCAUUGGUGAACUUACAUGAAAUCCAGAAGCGACAGGACCUAGUCCAAACAUUCAUUCACGACUCCAACACUCGGCGGACGCUACAGGAUGACUACCUAAGAAUGAUGCCUGACAUGCAUCGAAUCAGCAAGCGAUUCCAGAGGUCUGUAGCAACUUUAGAAGACGUUGUCCGUGUCUAUCAGGCAGCACAAAAGCUCGUGGGCUUGAUAGAAGCACUAGAAACUGUGGAAACAGAGGACGUUGGGCAUAACAAACUCAUCGAAGAGAUCUAUCUUAUCAAGUUAAAGGAGCACAGCCAGAAUCUCGAAAAGUACUCGGAAAUGGUUGAACAGACGCUUGACCUCGACGAACUUUCUUCGCACAACUUUGUCAUAAAGCCAGAUUAUGAUGAUCGCUUACGAGAAUUGGCCGACAAGCUCAUUGAAAUUAGGGAUGGACUUGAUGCUGAGCAUCGGAAGGUUGGACGCGAUCUUGGUUUGGAGCUUGACAAGAAGCUACACCUUGAGAACAGCCAGAACUAUGGUUAUUGUUUCCGAAUUACAAAGUCUGACGCAAAGGUGAUACAUAAUGAGAAGGACUAUAUUGAACUAGGGACGAAUAAGAGUGGUGUUUACUUUACCACGAAGAAGUUGCGGUCCUUGGCUAUGGAUUUCCAAGAGAUAACGGAUACAUAUUCACGGACUCAAAGUAGUUUAGUGAAAGAAGUUGUCAAUAUUGCUGCAACGUACACGCCGGUCUUAGAAGCCCUUGAUGACCAAAUCGCUCACCUUGAUGUCAUCGUAAGCUUUGCUCACGUUUCUGCGAACGCACCAGAGGAAUAUGUUAGACCUAAACUUUCAGUGAAGGGAUCUGGAAGCGUUGUUCUGAAGAACGCAAGGCAUCCACUUCUUGAGGUACAAGACGACAUCAGUUUCAUACCCAACGAUGUUGAAAUGAUCAAAGGGGAGAGCGAGUUUCAAAUCAUAACUGGCCCAAACAUGGGCGGGAAAAGCACAUAUAUUCGUCAAGUCGGAGUUAUUGCCUUAAUGGCUCAGACGGGUUGCUUCGUACCAUGCUCUGAAGCCGAACUUCCUAUUUUCGACUCAAUUUUGUGCCGAGUCGGAGCAGGAGACAGUCAACUUAAGGGUGUCUCAACGUUCAUGGCUGAAAUGCUGGAGACGGCUACAAUCUUGAAGUCAGCAUCGCAGGAUUCACUUAUCAUCAUUGAUGAAUUAGGCCGAGGUACAUCAACAUACGACGGGUUCGGCCUCGCAUGGGCGAUUUCUGAAUACAUCGCAUCAGAAAUCCACGCAUUCUGUCUCUUCGCCACGCAUUUUCACGAGUUGACAGCACUCGACCAACAAAUCCCACACGUCAAGAAUCUACAUGUCGUUGCACACGUCUCGAAGACCGGGGAAUCAUCACAGGAUCGUGACAUCACCCUACUCUAUAAAGUCGAACCAGGCAUUUGUGAUCAGAGCUUCGGUAUCCACGUCGCCGAGCUAGCUAAUUUCCCAGAGAGUGUCGUCAAACUGGCCAAGCGAAAAGCCGACGAACUAGAAGACUUUGGCGGCGAACACGAAAAGCAACCCACACAUCCAAAAGAAAUAGUAGACGAAGGAAGCAAGAUAGUCGAACAGCUCCUCCAAGAAUGGACAGCACGCUGUGCGUCUGCUGAGACAGGCGACGGAGACGUGAUUAUGGAUGAAGACGAGAAAGCCGAGAAGGACUUGGUAGCACUUCAGAAUUGUGUUGCAAAGUACCAAGGACAGAUAGAUGCCAAUCCCUGGAUUCAACAACUUAUCGCAACUCUCUGA